CUGUUCUUUCAUUUCCCAUGGUUUCAGGGCCUGGACCUCUUCUGCACUGACUGUUUAGUUGUGUCUGGACCGGAGCGGCAUAAUGGAUACAGCAGAGCUGAACAGCCCGUCCUUUAGAAAACUCGCUCUAAGUUGUGAAACGGAGCGAGGCCGCCUCUUCCACCUGCUCCAUCAUCCAUCAUCGCUUCAUUAUCUGUGUGCAGAACGCUGCAGGACGGCCCGUGUUGGGACCAGCGCGGCCCUAUUAUCAGGCUGCCAGUGUACCCUGACCGAAUACACACACGGCCCUGCUUCUUUGAUUUUCCCUUUCAUACAAGCGGACCUGCUCGGUGUCUGCCGUUGACAGGUCUACCUGACCUGUGAACGUGUCCGCCGCCUCAUCAUCCCCCACGAACAGAUCCCAGCAGGUCCGCACCUGCUGGUCUGAGAACAGCAGGCUGACAGAUCAGAUGAUCUGUAUCUCCGCCACUGUAUAUAAGAGCGGCACAUUAAAGCGCAGGAGGGCAGACUGACGAAUUACCCACUGUAAUAAUACUGUGUGAGGAGCUGAAUCUAUAAACAUGUGUAAGGGACUCUCCUACCUGCCUUCCUCCUACUUGGAGAGGGCGAAAGGGAUGCGAGUGAAGCUGAGCCACCUGGCUGAGAUCCACCACAAGCAAAAGGUCCAGGAUGGGAAACUCCUGCAGGAUCUGGAAUCUCUGCUGAGCAGCAAAAUUGGCCUGCAGGCGUUUCGAGGGUUCCUGCGUUCGGAGUUCAGCGAGGAGAACCUGGAGUUCUGGCUGGCCUGUGAGGAGUACAGAGUUUCCCCCUCAAAGCUGCAGAAGACCAAAGCCAGCAGCAUCUUCAACCAGUUCAUCAACCCCGACGCCCCUCUGGAGGUGAACCUGGAUGCCGAGACCCGCGAGGCUCUGCUGGGCGUGAUGGACUCCCCGUGUGCCGACACCUUCAACGAAGCGCAGCAGAGGAUCUACACCCUGAUGGCCAAGGACUCCUUCCCUCGCUUCCUUCGCUCUCACCACUUCGCAGAGGCCGUCAAGGCUUAUUGAACCUGCUGCCCGAGACCAGCUUCAGCAACAAAGAUUUUCUGCUACACUUGUUAAUUGCAGUUUUUCUCCCUCCAAUUUAUUUUAUUUCAAGCACUUUAUUUAGUCACGUAACUGCCUCUAAUACAUGUUAUAGCACAGUAGCAUCGUAAUCAUAAUGCUUAAAUGUAGAUGCAUAAAUACAUCGCCUCUGAACUGCACAAGCUACUAACAUUUACAAAGGUUUAAAUAAAGAUUGGAUUAAAUACAUCUCUGAAUGAACACCAUUUCACAGGUUAACUUGUUGAAUAAAGCUUUCAUUUUGUAGAAAUAAAAAUAAAUCCUCUGA